AUGGCGCUGUCGCAGGAGGGUUCUUCUUGCCCACUCAAUGGCUUCCUCUACAACGGCACCCUGUGCGCCUGCGAUCCUGGGUACUACCUCUCUCCCGGCCGCUCUUGCAGUCUGCUCAAUGUGGCCCCGGACGGCGGGGACUGGAUCGUACACGAAGGGGUGGAGAGCUCUCCUACCUUCCUCAUGACCAUCUUCUCCUUCGACACCAUCAAGCGUUUCACCCGUUCCCAGGCCAUCUUCCUGGAGGCUACUCUCGUGCUUCUUGUGGUAUGGCUGAGCUGCUGCAUUCUCCUCCGUUUGUCCGGGCGGCUCAAGGAUGGAAGUGACAUCUGGUUCCGCAUCCGGUGGUGGAUUAGCCGCUUCGACUUCUGCUAUUCCACGAGUCACUGGUCGGUUAGUGUCCCUCCUCCCCUGCCAUUCCUCUUUGCAUUGGACGUAUAUGCCCCCUUUUCUGCUUUUGCAUAG